AUGACAACUUAAAAUUAAUGGUCUGAAUUGAACCUAGAGCCAAUAAUUCAAAAAGUGAUGGCAGAUGAGUUUAAAUUCUAGUACUUGAUGCCUGUAUAGAAAGCAGCUAUUCCACACUUCAUAAAAAAUUAUGAUGUGGCUGUAGAAGCCUAAACAGGAUCUGGAAAAACAUUAACAUUUUUAGUUCCAUUAUUUAAUCAAUUCUCAAAAUAGAAAUACUCUGAUCAUUAACUAUUUGGUUUAGUAUUAUCACCUGCAAGAGAAUUGGCAUAAUAAAUUUAUGAUGUAGCAAAGAAAUUCUAAAGUGUAAAUUAAGCGAAGAUAGCCUUUGCUAUAGGUGGAACUUCUAAUGAACAUGAUGUCAAAUUUUUAAAUGAAAAAGGAUGUAAUAUACUUAUAGCUACACCUGGUAAGUUAAGAUAAUUGUUAGAUAUGUCUGAGUUAUAAAUUAAUGUAAAAACUUUGGAAUAUUUGAUAUUUGAUGAAGCAGAUAGACUAAUGAGUAAUGAAUACUAAGAUGACAUUAGAUUCAUAUUAUCUAAGUUACCAAAAUAGAGAAGAACUGGUUUAUUUUCAGCAACAUUGUCAUCUGCUAAAAUACAUGAUCUUAUGAAAUUAGGUUUAAGAAAUCCAGUAUAAGUAAAGGUUAAUGUUAAUGAGAUGAUGCCAGCCAAAUUAAAAAAUUAUUAUCAUUUAUUUGAAAAUAGAAUGGAUAAAAUUGCUGGAUUAGUUGAUUUAAUUGAAAAGAAAUGUUAAAAUAACAAGAGUAUUAUAUUUUUUAAUACUUGUUGUUCUGUUGUCUAUUAUAGUAUCAUAUUUAAAUAGUUAUUUCCUGAUUGUAAUAUUUUAAGUAUGAAUGGAUAAAUGGCUUAAAAAAAGAGAUAAAAGAUAGUUAGUAAUUUCAAAAUAACAAAUAAUGUUAUAUUAUUUACAACAGAUGUUUUGGCUAGAGGAUUAGAUUUUGAUGAUGUUCCUUUGGUUAUUUAAUUUGAUCCACCUUAAGAUCCUAGUUUUUUUAUUCAUAGAUCAGGUAGAACAGCAAGAUAAGGAAGAGAUGGAGAAGCAAUUCUAUUACUUGAAUAACAUGAAAGAGGUUUCAUUUAAUUUUUAGGUAGAUCAAAUAUUGAAAUGAAUUAAUUAGACAGUGUUAUAUUUGAUUGUUAAUUUUAAUAAUUGAAAGAUAGAUGUUUAAAUAUAAUAAUUACAGAUAGGGAUAUUAUUGAAAAAGGUAAAGCAGCAUUUAUUUCAUUUAUUCGUAGUUACAAAGAACAUAAAUUACAAAUAUUGUUUCAAUUUAAUUAAUUAAAUAUAGGUUAAGUAGCUUAUUCAUUCUUUCUUUUAAGAAUUCCUAGAAUCAAAGAAAUAUUAAGUAAGAGAAUUGAAUUUGAAUAAAGUCAUAUUGAUCCAAAUACUAUUCCAUUUUUAGAUAAGAAUUAAGAAAAAUAAUAUUUAUAGAAAAGAGAAAAUAAAGAUAAGAAAAUAGAAGAAAAGAAAAUACAAUAAUUACCUAAAUAAUUACCUAAAUAAUAAGUAUCUAAGAAAUAAGAAAAAAACAUUAAGAAUAUUAAAUCUAUUAGAAAGAAGGUUAAAUAAUAACAUAAUUAAGAAGAUGAUGAAGAAUUAAGAGCGUAAUUAAUUUAUAUUAAUCUUAGGGAGUAAAAUCUAGUAAGGAAAUUGAAGUAAGGCAAAAUUACUCUAUAGUAAUUUAAGGAAGAAAUGAAGAAUUUUGAUCCAGAAGAUUUAUAAGAUGCUGAUUAUGAUAAAGAUGAUUUGUGAU